AUUACCCAUGACUCCCCUCAAAUGUAUGACCUGUCUCUGGCCUUGGCGUGUAGCGUGUGUCGGCAUUGCUAGGUACCACUGUGUGAAGCCGGCGGUUGUACAACAUUUAACGUUAAACAGUUAGUGUUCCCGUCCGACAAGCCGGCUAGUUAGCUGAAGACCGUUACAGCGGAGCUGAGCCACAAUGCUGAAAUGUAGAACAGUAUGGAAAAAGCUUGCACCUCUUGCUAGAUCUUCAUCAACUGUGUGCCGACAGAAUGUGAGAAGAGCAGUUUUGAACAAUGGCAGAACACCAGCACAGGUACCUGCAGCACACAUGUCCACUGGGCCUGCAGGAGGAGGGAGGGAAAAUCAGCUGUACGCCCUUCUGGUUGGAGCUGCCUGCCUUGGUGGAGGAAUAUAUGCAUACCGAACUGUAAAAGGAGACCAACGAAGAUAUGAGGAACGUCUCUCAGAAAUUGCUUCCAGACCACAUAGAGCAGCCCCACAAGAAACACUGUCUGAGCCAGAGCCUCUGGCUGCAGAAGCUGCUGAAACAGAGGGUGUCCCAGCAGUCCCAGCUCCAGAGCCAGAACCACAAGCAGAACCGUCACCAGAAGAGCCAAGUCCUCCAGCACCUGAAGCUGAAGUCGUAGCUCCUAGUGAAACAACUGAAAUACCACCAGCAGAUGAACCUGUGGAAGCAGCACCAGUGGAGGCAGCACCUGUAGUAGAGGAGGCAGCAGAACAACCUGCUGCAGCUGUAGUAGAGGAAACAGAACAACCUGCUGCAGCUGUAGUAGAGGAAACAGAACCUGCUGCAGCUGUAGUAGAGGAAACAGAACAACCUGCUCCACCUGUAGCAGAGGAGGCAGCAGAACAACCUGCUGCAGCUGUAGUAGAGGAGGUGAUAGCAGAGCCAUCACCCACACCUGAAGUGUCAGAGCCACCCCCUGCAGCUGUUGUGGAGAGUGAACCCACAGCAGAAGCAGCAGAAACCCCGUCAGCUGAAUCACCUGAGCCUCAGCCUGAAGUUGUGGCAGAGAGCGGAGGAGAUGUUGCACCCGUUGCCUCUAAGAUCCCCUCACACGCCCGCUACCUCCUUAUUGGUGGAGGUACCGCCUCUUUCGCUGCUGCCCGGUCAAUUCGAGCCAGAGACCCCGGUGCCAGGGUACUGAUUGUGACUGAUGAGCCAGAUCUUCCAUACAUGAGACCACCUCUGUCUAAGGAGCUGUGGUUCUCUGACGACCCCAGUGUGACAGAAACACUCCGUUUCAAACAGUGGAAUGGAAAGGAAAGGAGCAUCUACUUCCAGCCACCAUCAUUUUAUAUUAAUCCAGAAGAGUUGAACAGUGCAGAAAAUGGAGGGGUGGCAGUUCUCACGGGGAAAAAGGUUGUCCACAUGGAUGUGAGAGGAAACAAAGUAAAACUGGAUGACGACACAGAGAUUGCUUACGAUAAGUGUUUGAUUGCUACAGGGGGAGUGCCUAGGAAUCUGCAGGUCAUUGAAAGAGCAGGAGAGGAGGUGAUGAGCAAGACAACUUUGUUCCGCAAGAUCGAGGACUUUAAAUUAUUGGACAAGGUCUCCAGAAACAUCAAAUCCGUUACAAUCAUCGGUGGCGGCUUCUUGGGCAGCGAGCUAGCCUGCGCCCUUGGCCGGAGAUCAGCUGAGUCUGAUCUGGAGGUGAUACAGAUGUUCCCUGAGAAGGGCAACAUGGGCAAAGUGCUGCCGGAGUAUCUGAGCAACUGGACAACAGAAAAAGUCAAGAAAGAGGGUGUAAAGAUCAUCUCAGAAGCUUUGGUCAAGUCUGUGGUCGCCAAAGAUGAUAAGUUAGAAAUUCUGUUGAAGGAUGGCCGAUUGGUUAAAACUGAUCACAUUGUUGCAGCUGUUGGCUUGGAGCCCAAUGUUGACCUUGCCAAAUCAGCAGGUCUGGAAGUGGACUCGGACUUUGGUGGCUAUAGGGUCAAUGCAGAGCUGCAGGCCAGGUCCAAUAUCUGGGUGGCUGGAGAUGCUGCAUGUUUCUACGACAUCAGACUGGGUCGCAGGCGAGUGGAACACCACGACCACGCUGUUGUGAGUGGCAGAUUAGCAGGAGAGAACAUGACCGGAGCCAGCAAACCUUACUGGCAUCAGUCUAUGUUCUGGAGUGACCUGGGACCUGAUGUAGGCUACGAGGCAAUCGGGAUUGUCGACAGCAGUCUACCAACAGUCGGAGUGUUUGCCAAAGCCACUGCAAAGGACACACCUAAAGCAGCUACAGAGAAGUCAGGAACUGGAAUCCGCUCAGAAAGUGAGACGGAGGACACCGCUGUCAGCCCCGUGGCCUCCUCCACACCUGCUCCCCCCACGGUGGGGCACAAGGACGACUACGGCAAAGGGGUCAUCUUCUACCUUAGAGACAAAGUGGUUGUGGGCAUUAUUCUGUGGAACGUGUUCAACCGAAUGCCCAUCGCGAGAAAGAUAAUCAAGGAUGGAGAGGAGCACGCAGAUCUGAACGAAGUGGCCAAGCUGUUCAACAUCCACGAGGAUUAAAAUGGAAGCUGACGCUCACUUCAGGAACCGACUUUCACUUCACAUGAAGGCUGAACUUUUCCAGUCGAUGCCACAGUCUUGAAGACAUGGCUGUUCAUACAAAUACAACGGGAGGAUCAAUGUAAAUUAUGUCAUGUUGCUGAAAUAUUUUCGUAUCUGAAAUUUUUAUUCACUGCAAAGGUUUUGUUGCUGCUUAUUUUUUUCCUCCUCCAUCAGGUUUUCAUCUGUCUGCUUCCAACCAAACAUUCUGCUCCUGUUUUUUUUUUUUUUUUUUUUUUUUAAUUCUAGUCAAAGUGUGUCUGCUUUUCCCCACCAGGCUGGUAAUGUUGUUCAUGGGUUACUGUGUUCAUCUGUGUGAUUCAAGCAGCUUGAUGUGAAACAGCUGCAAUAAAAACUAUUUUUAAAUUGGA